AUGGGGUGGUUCUACUCGAAGAGGAAAAGUGCAGAAUGGAAACAGGUAUGCACAUUGGCAGAGCAGACCAUGGAAACUGCUUCUCUUUCUCCAAAUCUUCACUUACUUGUGAUAUUUGGCAUUGUCCUUAGUUUGUUGUGGCUCUCCCAUUACAACACCUACAAGGCUCAGCAGAAUCACAUAGCCCUCUCCUUUCAGUUAUUCUUGUUUCUUUCGCCCAUACUAUUGAUACUCUUACUCUCAUAUUCCCCCUGUGGAAGGCUCAACUUUUGCUUCAUGCGUUCGAGGAACAAGUCACUCCAACCAACUGCCUUAUCUCCUUUGAAUCUUGCAGCUACUGUUUCCAUUGUUAUCACUUUGUUAUUGAUCUUUAUUUUAUUCUAA